AUGGUCGGGAAAAAUGGUACCGCUGAACAAGCGAUCGACGUGCCUAGUAUAUUCAGCCCGCGCGCUCCCUCGCAACGGCUAUUCGAUUCAGAUGCGGUAGAAGGACAAUGGCAGCCGAUGCUUGAAAGUGCUUGCACCUUCGAACCCGAGAUGUUUCUCAAGGUCAUGCAUAAUCUCAUCAAGAACCCUAAUAUUAUGUCCACUCAUCUUUUCCGAGCGGAUAUCUUGUAUGACAGCGAGAGCGAUCAUUCUAUCAUUGACGGGCCAUCGACCACACAGUUCAGCGAUUUUACAAAGCAUCUCAAGCAAGAAUACCGCCCGAGAUACACUGAGCUUGCCGGAUACAAGUGGGAGAGGACGUAUGUUCGACAACUUGUUCCACGCAAUCGUCAGCUAGAUCGUGAUCUUCCCCAAACUUGUCACUUCUAUACAUGCCAGGAAGAAAAUUCUACAAGAAACCUCAUCCUUUACAUUCCGCAUGUCGAAAAACCAGAGGAUAUGCCAUGGUAUCAUCCCAAGGUCCGCGCAGUAGCCUUCUCCCACGACUGGACGGCUGCAUCCAAAACUGGCCUCGUCGCGGUUCACUACUCUCUGUUUCCUGACGUGCCUCUCGACUCGAGACUUGAGCGCACAGCAUUGCAGCUACUUACUAAGAUUCACAAACAUAGUAAAGGCCAGCAAGCAGGCUAUCAGAAGAGGGUCCACCAUGAUCAAGUUGUCCCACAAAAGACUUUCCAAGAAACAUAUGCCAGGCUCAAGAGCGCAUAUGCUAAGUCCCUGAUUGAAGGAUGGGCGGAAGUGACUGAUCCCGCCAAGCAUGUCUUUGAAGACCUUGGGAUCGCUUCAUUCCUGAUUGAGCUUUGGAAGGUCAUGUAUGACUGCGAUACAACUACAGCGGGCAAUGAACAUACCGACCAGCCAGCUGGAAAUGGCCACAAACCCCCGUUCCCAGGGUUCGUUGACAUCGGAUGCGGUAAUGGUCUACUUGUCAACAUUCUGACAAAAGAGGGCUUUCCAGGUUGGGGCUUUGACGCACGGCAUCGAAAGUCAUGGGAAACAUUCGCACCUGAGGUUCAGAAAAGGCUCGCGGAAGGCAUUUUGGUGCCCCAGGUACUGAACUCUCAAAGUUCAGCCGACACAGAUGACGUGACCGAAAAUCUGGUGGAAAAGAUGGAAGCAGUCGAUCUGCUGAGAGAGCAAGACUUUCACAAUGGUUUGUUCAAAGAAGGAACGUUCAUCGUGUCAAAUCAUGCGGACGAGCUUACGCCUUGGACUCCUCUGCUCGCCUACCUCAACAACUCACCAUUCAUCGCUAUACCAUGCUGCAGCCACAACUUGGCUGGUGCUCGAUGGCGAGCGCCCAUAUCGAAAGCUGCAAAAGAGAAAGCCGCGGCGCAGCGACGUCAAGAGUCUGCGGCGAACGAGAACGUCCAGUCGGCAUAUGCAUCUCUCUGCGAUUAUGUUUCAGGACUAGCGGAUGAUGUGGGCUUCGUUGUCGAGACCGAGAUCUUGCGCAUACCUUCCACUCGCAACACUUGUAUCUUGGGCAGAAAAACUAAGGAUCUGCAGGAUGAUACAGAGAUGUCCAAAGAGGAGCACGUUCGGCAUAUCAUCGCAAGGGAGCUCAGUGCUCCCAUAGGAGACAUCCAUACUGAAUUUGUAAGGUGUGCUCAAAAACUGGUUGGGAAGAAAGGCGAAAGUCAUUGA